CCGACGCCGGUAGGUGGGGGCAGUGCCAAGAUGGCGACAGCUCUGCCCGAGUUGAAGCAAAUCAGCCGGGUGGAGGCGAUGCGCCUGGGGCCGGGCUGGAGCCACUCGUGCCAUGCCAUGCUGUACGCCGCCAACCCCGGGCAGCUCUUCGGCCGCAUCCCCAUGCGCUUCUCGGUGCUGAUGCAGAUGCGCUUCGACGGGCUGCUGGGCUUCCCCGGCGGCUUCGUGGACCGGCGCUUCUGGUCGCUGGAGGACGGUCUGAACCGGGUGCUGGGCCUGGGCCUGGGCUGCCUGCGCCUCACCGAGGCCGACUACCUGAGCUCGCACCUGACCGAGGGCCCGCAGCGCGUCGUGGCGCACCUGUACGCGCGGCAGCUGACGCUGGAGCAGCUGCACGCAGUGGAGAUCAGCGCGGUGCACUCCCGCGACCACGGCCUGGAGGUGCUGGGGCUGGUGCGUGUCCCCCUGUACACCCAGAAGGACCGCAUGGGGGGCUUCCCCAAUUUCCUCAGCAACGCCUUCAUCGGCACCGCCAAGUGCCAGCUCCUCUUCGCCCUCAAGGUGCUCAACAUGAUGCCCGAGGAGAAGCUGGUGGAGGCCCUGGCUGCUGCCACCGAGAAGCAGAAGAAGGCCCUGGAGAAGCUGCUGCCAGCAUCCUCCUGAGGGGCCCUGCCCCUGGCUCCCUGUGCCCUCGGGCCGACUUGAUCCCACGGAAGUGUGUCUCCUAGCGUGCGUGCGUGCGUGUUUGACCCCCCUGCUGACUGCCUGGGGCCAGUGGGCACCUCGUCGUCUUCUGUCCUGAGCAGUUCCCUGGGCCAGCUGGAACUCAGGUUUGCAGGGCUGGGCAGCCUGGGAGCACCAAGCCAGGCUCUCACCCACCCAUGGUGCACACUGUCCUCUGAAUCUCUGUCCCGGGGCAAAGGGAAGCCUCGGGCUGAUUCCCUGGGUGUGUCAGUGCCACACUCUGUGGACAAUCUGUUCCUGUAGAGGACACCCUUUUCCAGGUUGACUCAUUCCUGUAUCGCCCCAGGGCCUGAGAGCCAGGUGGGGUAGGAUGUUGUACUGUUAGUUUUGGUUGUUGGAUUUACUGGGUUCAACUUUCUCUUUGGCUGUGUGUGCACUGCAGUGAGGCUGGGCUUGGUGCCAGAGAGCAGUUGGGCCAAGGGCCCGCUGUGUGUGGCUUGUUGAAGAAGAAGAGAAAUAAAGUAGCUCCGAAGCUGCUCUCCAUGUGUUCUCCGUUUCGACGGGAGGCCAGGGCUGAGCCUGGGAGGUGCCAGGCCCAAGAAGAGACACUGGCUUGUCCCUCCUGUUCAGGCUAGAGCCAGCUGUGUCUGCAUGCUCUCUGUGGUGCUCCCGGCCUCUGACGUCUGGGCCCUGGUUUGGUAGCUUCUGUGCUGAGGCUGUCAGAAUUAGGCCCCCUUUCUCCAUUCCCAGCACAAGUUGCUCAAGGAGACUGCCUGCAUGGGCUGAGGACUCAAAACGGUGGUGAGGGCACUACAGGCUGCCUCAAACGGGAUGUUUCCAGAGCCUUGCUGGCUGCGUAUGUAAGCAGGGCCCCAGCUCAGCCUGGGUGUCCAGGCCCCCAGACAGCCCCAGUGAGAGCUCGAGGGGUGGGUAAACGGAUGCCCUCCAGGGAGGGGCUCAGCUGUAGGAGCAGCCUGAGUCAAGGUGGACUCUGCGCUCACUCGGGCAGAGGGGCUGCCAGGCUGAGCAGCUGUCCUGGCUGAGGACCUGGGGGUUCACUGGGGCUGGGUCUCAGCCUGAUGGCGGUGGCCAUUACUGUGUGGCCUGUGGCCAGAGCUGAGCCUCUCACCAACUGAUGUUAGAUUUUAUUUUCCAACAAAUAACAUGUGCUGACCAGGUGCUCCAGUCCGCACCCAAAGGUCAAACCUGAGUC